AUGGUUCCUGAAAGCGAACUAUAUUCUACUGCAACAGCAGUGCUUUUAUCAGAGUUGACAAAAUUUGUUAUUUGUAUCUAUAUGGCCAUCCGUUCUCAAGUGAUUGAAACAGGACAUUGGAAGGCUUCUGAUCUUUAUGACCAAGUUUUUAGUUCCGACGCUUGGAAACUAAUGAUACCAGCAGCGUUGUACACAAUCCAGAACAAUUUACAGUAUAUUGCUGUCAGCACAUUAGAUGCAGCUACAUUUCAGGUCACCUAUCAGCUUAAAAUUUUAACAACGGCGGUUUGUUCUGUGUUAAUGCUCAAAACUUCAUUGAGUCCACUUAAAUGGUUUUCAUUAGUUUUGUUGACUUGCGGUGUCGCAUUAGUUCAACUAAGGAUUGGGGGAAGUGAUUCGUCACAACAAGAUGAUAAAAAUGUUCAAACCAAAAAAGAAACGUUCGAUGAUAGCGAUGCGAAAAAACUUGUGGGUCUAUGCGCUGUUACAGUAGCAUGUAUAAUUUCUGGAUUGGCAGGAGUGUAUUUUGAGAAGGUUCUUAAAGGUUCUCAAGCUUCUAUAUGGAUCCGUAAUCUCCAACUUUCAUUCUUCUCUCUUUUUCCAGCUUUAAUAUUGGGUGUAUGGUGGAAAGAUGGAUCAGAUGUGUGGGAAAAGGGUUUCUUUUUUGGGUAUAACCUUACAGUAGUUGGUGCUAUAGCAUGUCAAGCCGUGGGUGGAAUUAUAGUAGCCCUGGUUGUCAAAUAUGCCGAUAAUAUUCUUAAGGGUUUUGCUACUUCAAUUUCUAUAAUUAUUUCUUUCAUUGCCUCUGUUUAUCUCUUUGAUUUCCCAGUUACAGGAACUUUUUUAAUUGGUUCUGUUAUGGUAUUAAUCGCAACAUAUACGUAUAGUAAACCUGAUUUUAAACCUGAUUCUCAAAAAAAAGAAUAUCACCCUAUUGAAGAAGAGGAGGAGGUUGACUAUCCCGUGAAUGAAAAGAUGGACACAACUAACAAUGGAUUCAUUAAAGUUGGUGGGAAAGAUUGA